AUGGCCCGCACCGCUCUGUGGAUAACAGUCCUCCUCUCUUUACACGGAGCUCUGCAGGGAUACGGGACUGAACCCCCCACCUUGCUGGAGUGCUGUGAGCUUGGGAAGAACAAAGGUGAGGAUGAGCAAGACUGCACCGUCCACCCACUGAUUUCCUCCCACUUGUGCACCAUUGUUUACGAGCAGUGCUGCUUCUCCAUAGAAAGAGGUCUCCUCUGCGAAAAAGGCAUCGCGAUGGCCCGUAGGCAAGGGGCCUGCGAGAGGCCUUACUUUGAAGGAUAUGGCCAUGAAACACAAACCUCAAAGAUGUGCUGUGACUGCUGCUCGCUCGGUUUGACUUUAUCAAAGAGCGGCGUCGGUUGUCACUUCAAGGAACUGUUCCUGGGAAGUGUGUGUACCUCUGUAGCUCACAGCUGCUGCUUCAAAAACUCUACUGCAGGAUUGGUUGAUAAAGUGCCCACCGUAAGUCCAGAGGAAGUGCACGGCUGUGCAGACUCUCUUUGCUCUCAGCUGUGUAUCGAUGACGGAGUGUGUUCCUGUUAUGAUGGCUUUGCACUGCAAAAUGAUGGCUUAACCUGUAAGGACAUCAAUGAGUGUCAGACUGGCAGUCAUAUUUGUAGCACUGGCUACAUUUGCAUUAACACUGAGGGCUCCUUUCGCUGUCAGAAGAAAUCCCACUGUAGCCCUGGAUAUGCGCUCAUUGAAAACAUCUGCAAAGACAUCGAUGAGUGUAAAUUAGGAACCCACCACUGCGGACCGAGCUUUGUUUGCAUCAAUAUACAAGGAUCCUUCAGCUGCCUCCCGAAGGACAAGUGUGCACCCGGCUACACUCUGGACGAUAUUGGCGCCUGUAUCGAUCUGAAUGAGUGUGUGGAAGGAUCCAAUCCCUGCCCGCCUGGAGAGACGUGCAUCAACAACGUUGGCUCCUUCAUCUGCCGCAGCAACGCGGUCGUUUGCGGGCCGGGCUAUCAUCUGAUUGGCGACGGCAGACAGUGCGAAGAUAUUGACGAGUGUGAAAAGGGCGACCUGUGCGGGAUCCACCGCUGCGUCAACCUGGUGGGUUCAUUUCGGUGCGAGUGCCUCCCUGGCUUCUCUUUCAACAGCAUCACCAAGCUUUGUGACGAUAUUAAUGAGUGUGGGUAUCAUACUAAGCCACCAUGUGCCCAAAGGUGUGAGAAUGUAAUUGGGACGUUCAGGUGCAGAUGCAACAUCGGCUUCAAACUGGCCAAUGAUAGCAAAAACUGUGAAGAUAUCGAUGAAUGUGAAGUUAAACCUUGCAGCCAGGAAUGCACCAAUGUGUUUGGCUCGUUCCAGUGCCAGUGUCGGCAGGGCUUCCAGCUCAGCGCCACUGAUAGGGUGACAUGUGAAGACAUCGAUGAGUGCGCCCUCUCUGGCGAAGGAAAGGUUUGUCCUUACCGAUGCAUCAACUCACCUGGAGGUUUCAACUGCACCUGCCCGCCCCGGGGCUUCAUUUCAUCCGACGGUGGACAAAAAUGUCAAGACAUUGAUGAAUGUAAGGCUGGGACGCAUACCUGCUCUCCGUCGGAGCGCUGCUUCAAUGUGCAGGGAGGAUUUCGCUGCCUGUCCUUCACGUGUCCUGUAAACUUUCGGCAAGCAUCAAAAGUAACUGCAUCCGACGAUUCUCCCACGGUGCGUUGCAUUAAGGACUGCAUGCCACAUGACCGGGACUGUCUCCUCAACCCGAUCCACCUCGUCACCCACAGCGUCCUGUCUCUGCCAACCUUCAGAGACUGCUCUAAGCCAGAGGAAAUAGCUCUGCUGCGAACCACCACUCAAGCUAACCUCGCUCACUCCAACGCCACCGAUGUCUUCUUCGUCCUCCUCUCUAUGGACGAACGCUUCUCCUUCGAUAUAGUGAAGCGCACCAAAUUUGGCAAGCAUAUAGGCGUCAUCCGGCAGCUGAAGCCCAUCAUUGGUCCCAGGAACAUCGUGUUGGAGGUGUCGAUUAGCUACGUCACCUCGGGGGUCGUCACUCACAUCAAUAUCGUCGUGAUCCAUGUCUUCAUCUGUGAAUACUGGUUCUAAC